GGGGGGACAGAUUCUACGCUAUAUUUUAUUAAUACGUCAACAGUUCGAAGAAAUAUCUUUAAAUUCACGAUAUUAGCUAAUUAAUCUACUUUGUUACAUGUGAAAAGCAUUUAAUACUAUUAAAUUAUCUGUCGGAAGUCAAAAAACUUGUGAAGUUUAGACGUCUUAAUAGUUAAUUCUGUCGAAGAAAAAAAAGUUCCGAAUCACAACCAAUCAUUAAUCUAGUAAAAGAACGAUGAAGAUUAAGGAAUUACAAAAGUCAGUGAAUGUUGCGUGGUCACCGGAAUCGCAAGACCGAAUUUUAUUAGCUGCCGGUUCAGCAGCACAGCAAUUGCUAGAUACAUCAUUUAAUAGCUCAAAUCCACUUCUUGAACUUUAUAGUCUAAAUUUAUCGGAUACUAGCUAUGACUUAGAAUUGGUCGGUAGUCAACAAAGUGAUCAUAAAUUUCAUAAAUUAGUAUGGGCUCCAUUCGAUAAUUCAAAUCAAUAUCCGAAUGGAUUAAUCGUGGGAGGAUGUGAGAGUGGCUAUUUAAAAAUUUACAACGUAUCAAAAAUAUUGGCUGGUGAAGAUGCACUUGUCGCUCAAUCUAAUAAACAUAUUGGACCGGUUCGAACACUUGACUAUAAUCCAUUCAAGACGAAUUUGAUUGCAUCUGCAACAUCGGAGUCAGAAAUUUUCAUUUGGGAUGUCAAUAAUACAAGUGUUCCAAUGACUCCUGGCCAAAAAACUCAGCCUCUUGAAGACGUUUGUGGAGUUGCAUGGAAUUUACAAGUUCAGCAUAUUCUUGCAUCGACGUUUGCUACACGAUGUGUCGUCUGGGAUUUACGUAAGAAUGAGCCGAUUAUUAAAUUGAGUGACUCUCAAUCUCGUGUUAGAUGGAGGGCUGUAAAUUGGCAUCCAGACAUUGCUACUCAAUUGUGGCUUGCUUCUGAAGACGAUCAAACGCCUGUCAUUCAACUUUGGGACUUGAGAUAUGCAACAGCACCAUCAAAGACUUUACAAAUUCAUUCUCGAGGAGUUUUAGGAAUGGCAUUAUGUCCAAAAGAUACUGAACUAAUGAUUUCAUGUGCUAAAGACAACAAAAUUUUAUGUUGGAAUACAAGUUCAGAAGAUAAUCAUGGAGAAAUUUUGUCAGAAAUUGCCUCUACUAGUUCGUGGUAUUCUGAAAUUACAUGGUGUCCUAAAAAUCCAGCACUUGUUGCUGCAUCAAGCUUCGAUGGAAAUGUUUCAGUUUAUUCACUAUUUGGGGGAGCACAACAGCAAGUUCAAACAUCAAAUAAAAUUGCCGAUUCAUUUCCUGGAAUGGAGAGCAUUCCUCAAGAAUAUUCUACCCAAACGGCUGCACAUGCUCAAAUCUUUCAUGACUUAAAAAGACCACCAAAGUGGUUUAAACGUCCUUCAGGAAUUUCAUUCGGAUUCGGUGGAAAGUUUGUGACAUUUAAUGGCACCAACAAAACGAUUGAAAUCAAGCAACUAAUUACUGACGAGAACUUGGUAAAGAAAUCGACGGAACUUGAGAAUGUUUUAACACAAGGAAACUAUGUAGACUAUUGCAGACAAAAGGCUGAUGAUAGUAGCGAUCAGCAUAAGCGAUAUAUUUGGUACUUUUUAAAGGCAUACUUUGAAGAGAAUCCAACAAGCGAAUUUUUAAAUUUAUUAGGAUAUCAUACAGAAGACAUUGCCAGCAAAUUUAGCAAAUUCGUUGAUGAUAAGGACAGUACCUCUAAUAAUGUUGAUGGAGUUACGAACCAAAUGGCUCAAUUAAACAGGAAUCGUUUUUUAAUUCAAAAGAUUGACUCAAUUGAUGAUCCAAGCAGCGAUGCGACUGACUUGUCGAAUCAAGACGAUAUGAAUGGAAUAAAUGAAUCAACUGCUGGAAAAAUCCCAUACAAACUUUCAACAUCUGGAUCUGAGGGUUUAAUUUGUGAGGCACUGUUGACUGGAAAUAUUACAUCAGCAGUUGAAUUGUGCAUGAAUGCUGGUCGUUCAACAGAUGCAAUAAUUUUAGCAUCUUUGGGCGGAAGUGAUUUACUUGCAAAGACACAAUAUCGUUAUCUAAAAAACAACGACAGUUUUAUUUCAAACUUGAUAUCGGCAAUGGUAAUGGCUGAUUGGAGUGGCGUUAUUUCUCAAUGUACUAUUGAUUCAUGGAAAGAGGCUCUUGUUGCAGCACUGACUCAUAGUAAAGAUCAAUCGAAUUUGUUGUGUGAACGUCUUGGCGAAAGAAUGCAAAUGGAAUCUGGAGGAGAUUUAUCGAUAAUUCAAGACUCAAUUCUAUGCUAUAUUUGUGCUGGAAAUAUCGAGAGAAUUGUUGAUGCUUGGUGUACAGUUAAUGGACACGAUUCAUUGGAUGAUUCCGGAAAGUUACAAGAACUGAUAGAAAUUGUUAUAUUAUUAAAUAAAGGAAUGGAACGUCAUGGACAAAAUAUUCCAGUUUAUGGACGAUAUGCUGAAUUAUUGUCUAAAUAUGCUUCAUUAUUAGCUGCUCAAGGAUCCCUUGAAAUGGCAUUAACUUAUGUUGGGACGUCUUGUGAUGAUCCACAUAUUGUAGAUCUUCGUGAACGAUUAUAUUAUGCAUUAGGACAUAAGAAUCAAUCUUCAAUAAUUCAACAAAGGCAACGAUCGACUUCUGGUUUUGGACAAAAUUUCCAAACUGGUCCAAGACUUUCUCAUCCACGUACUGUAUCAACAUCAUCGACUGGCAUGGCAACAAACAACUUUAAUGCUGGACUUCCAAAUUCAUCAACUAAUGUUAUGCCACCAACAACUUUCAAUACAGGACUUCCCAAUUCAGGAUUAACUAAUAAUUAUGUUGAUCAAAUGUGGUCACAGUCGCCUGUUCAACCACAAUUACAGCCAGUUCCUAAGCCACCAACAUUUAUGAAUCCAGUUGAGAAUAUCUCUCAACCUCCAAGACCAUCGAGUGUUUCAAGUGUGUCUAGUCAAUCUAACACAACAACAUCAGGUCCACCAAAACCCAAACGUUUACUUGAUCCAUCUGUUCAAUCGAAUGCUGGAUAUGGACAAAUCCCACCAUCUGCUCCAUAUAAUCCAAACCCUCAUUUUAAUAAUAAUCCUAUUCAGCCAGCAUUUAAUACCCAACCUAUUAAUACAAUGCCAUUACAAACACAGCCACAAAUGAUGUCAAGUUGGGAUCAACAGAAUGUUUAUGGUUAUCAAAAUACGAAUAAUAAUGCUAUGAAUGGCAAUUUAGCACCACCACCGAUGCCCCAACAUGCUAUUAAGAAUCCAACACCUCCUCCAGGCUGGAACGAUCCUCCAGAAUUUAAGCCUAAAAGCCAGUUUGUAUCGACCAAAAGUGAUAUGUCAGCUGUUCAUGCUGGCACAAAAAAAUGGCUCCAAAAACAUAGUGAUGGUUACUCUAAUUCUUCUUCUACUUCUUCCGAGCUUAAGAAAGAUGUGUCUGCUGCACCUAUUAUGCAUCCAAUAUUUGGAGCUUCAGAUCCUAAUCAAGUGCCUCCAGCUAAUAAUAUGAUGAAUCCUUUAAUGCCAGCACAAAAUCAAUAUGAACAACAAUCAUAUGGAACAGCACAGCCACCAACACAAAUGCAACCUACUGCUCCGAUGAGUGUUAUGAAUCCAACCAACUUCUAUCAACCUCAACAACAACAACAAAUGCCGGAUAAUAGUAAUAAUAUGAUAAAUUAUCAAAACUUUAACAGCUUCGUUGGGGCUCCACAACAACAGGAAAUGCCAGUUCAACCAACUGUUCAGGAAGUCGUGAAAGAGAAGCCACCACUUCCAGAAGAAUUCAUUUAUUUACAGACAGUUUUAGAAGAGCUUAAGACGCAAUGCAUUAAUAGAGCCACCAAUCCACAAAUGAAGCGUAAAUUAGACGAUGUUUCGAGACGAUUAGAAUCACUUUAUGAUUUGUUGCGAGACAAUAGGCUCUCCACCAACACACUCGAAUCUUUAAAUCAAAUGGUGCAAUUAAUACAGAUCGGUGACUAUGCAAAUUGUCUAGGAUUGCACACACAGAUGGUGUCAGGUCCUGAGUUCGCGAAAAUUGCAACAUUCAUGCCUGGAAUGAAAAUUUUAAUUCAGCUUGCUAUACAAUUACAAGUGUUUUUAAGAUAAGCAUCUUGUUGCCACUAACGACAUAGCUUAAUCAAAAUUCGAUUUAUGUUACUUCUAAUAUUUUUUUUUCUUUCAUAAAAAUGAAUGAAUAAGGGAUUAUUUACUAAUGACGUCCAACAUUGUGACACUUUAUAGAUAUUUCUUAUUCUAUGAAAAACGUAUGACAGACUUGAUUUUGAUCGGGUCUGAAAAUUCAAUUUUUAAUCGACAUCAUUAGUAAAUGAUCCCUAAAAUUGUACUACGAUAAUGAACAUUAUUACUUCAAACAUAUAUACUAUUAUUUACGUUAAUUUAAUUAUAGAUGAUUAUGAAAAAUUUUAUGUAAUAAUUCAUACAUGGAAAAUCAUUAAUAAAAGUUGAUGAUGAUGAUGAGUAAAAAUAGAA